AUGUUUUCAUUUCUUAAGAAGAAAAAAGUAAAAAAAUCUGAUAAUCAACAACAACAGCAACAACAACAACAUCAUCAGAUAACUCCAAUUACUAAUGAAAAUAAAGAAAAUUUAUUAACUCGAACUGAUAAACAACAACAACAACAACAACAACAAUAUCAUCGUGAUAAUGAAUCAGGUGGUUUUGAUGGUUCAUCAUCUGCUGUAUUACAAUCAUCGAUUUCAAAAAAAACUUCAUCAUCACCACCAAUAACAUACGAUAAAAAUCUUUCAACAUUACGUCCAAAUAUAGAUCAAACAUCGAAAAUUCAUAUUGAUACUAAUCAGAAUCCAUCAGAUAAAUUAUUGCAUAUAUGUGAUUCAAGCGAACCAAGUCCCCGUGAUUUAACAGACAUUACUUUAUCUAGUUUACCAGCACAUAAAACAGAAACUUCUUCUUCAUUUUCUUGUCAUUCUUCUUAUGAAAAACGAAAGAGUUGUCAUGUGACUUCAAUGAGUUUAGCAUCACCGAGUCAAAUAGGUGCAAGUGAUCUUAAUCGAAUUUUAACAUCAGGUUAUAUAAAUUGUGAAGAAAAUAUGGGUUAUAUGAAAAGACCUGGUGAUCAUAUAGCUUCAUAUACGAAAUCGCCACAUUUUCAUCGACCAAUUCAUCAUCCUCAUCACUAUCAGCAAGUUUCAUCAUUACGAAAAGAAAUGGUCGGUUUUUCAUAUAAUCGAACACAAACAUUUACUGUACCAGGAACUAAAAAAGGCAUGAAAGCAUUAGUAACUGGUCAAACAAAAAUUCGUAAAAUACAUUGUUCUGUACCUCAUACAUCAUCUCCAAUAUCAUCACAAUCGAUAUCGUCUAAUCAAAAAACUCUAACACAUGAUUCAACAUCUCCAAUACAUCCUCAAACACCAACAAUUAAUGAAGAACCUAUUGUUCUUUCACGUUAUUCAGGUGGUUUUAUACCUGAUCCAACAGCACCAAAAAAAAUCGAAUCACUUGAUUGGCCAGCACCUAUAGCUAUACAAGCUGUACCCGAAUUAAUGAAAUCUCAUCGUAGUCGAAGUGAAUCUCGUACAGAAACACAUUCAAAUCGUUCUCAUCAUCAUAGUCAAACAACACCUAAAAAACAUACAUUAUCACCAUCAUCAACUCAUCCAUCUCCAUUAUCUAAUGAUCAUGAUCAACAAACAACAACAAUAACAACAACAACAACAGAUGAUAUAACAAUAACUAGUGAAAAUUUAAAUGAUGAUGAUGAUGAUGAUGAUGAUACAACUGAUGGUGAAAUACGUCAUGAUACACAAUUAGAAAAAGAUAUAAGUAUUAUGUCAAAAUUAAAAGAUACAUCAGGUAUGGCACAUGCUUUAUUAGAAGAUUUACGUUUACAAGAAAAAUUAAUCUCAAGACAAUUACCACUUGAUCCAUGGAAAGCAUCACGUUCACCAUCAGCAGCUGUCGAACCACCAAGACGUUGUCGUUUUGAUUCACCUAAAUUUGCAUCACCAUCAAGACGUGUUCAUACACAUUCAUCAUCAACAACAAAUCCAGAUGAUAGUCUUGCUGGUUUAUCAACAUCAAUAUCAACAACACCAGCCGGUGGAAAACGUAUUACAUUACCAAGAUAUAAUCAACAAAUUCUUCGACCUGGUUAUGGUUUAACACCAUCACCUAAAGCUCAAACAUUACCAACUUGUCUUGAUAUGCAAAGAAGUUGUGAUUUAGAUUCAACAGAUCUUGGAACUACAAAUUCAUGCUAUUCACAUGAUGGAGAUCAUAAUAAAUCAGUAAAGACCGUUGAUGUUGGUGGUGGUGGUGAUCGUCGAUAUUUAGCUUCUCAGCAUGCACAUUCAACUCAUUCAGCUCCAACAUUAAUGGGUAAUCCAAAAUUAUAUACAUAUGAAGAAUUAAAAGUAAUGUCUAAGAAACGAUUACCGUCAGAUGUUGAUCGAGAUCGUCUAGAGCGUCAUCUGUCUGAUAAUGAAUUUCAUACAUUAUUCCAAAUGACACGAACCGAUUUUUAUCGUUUACCAGAAUGGCGUCGUAUUGAUCUGAAAAAACGCUUUAAACUUUUUUGA